AUGCCGUCCAAACGAAAGGCGUCCACGCCCAAGAAGGCGGCGCCCGCCCCUUCGGCCCCCGCUGCAAACGGCACGCGCGCUGCAAUGCCCGCCGUGAGCACCGUCAAUGGUCAGCCUCUCCCGGCUGGGUCGCGCGCCGCAGCCACCGCCGCAGACCUUCGUAGGUAUGCCGAUGCCAGGCGUGCUCGUCAGAUCGACCCGCUCAACUACGAGCGCACGCCCAAGUCCGGGCUGCUUGUGCUCGUCGUCCUCGGUCUGUUUUCGCUCCUCGGCUCCAUCACGCUCUACCUGCACUACAAGCUUCCCACCCCGCGUGGCCCCACGACCAUUCUCGCUGCCGGUGUCACGCCUGCCGAUGCGGCCGCCUACCACCCAGCUGUGCCUGGUGUCGUCCCUGCCAACGCUGCUGCUGGGUCGGCCAACGGCAAGUUCUACGAACUCUUCUCGGAAGCCAAUGCGGUGGGCGUCAUGCACCACCUUUCCGUCGAUGUAGGCUACCGCAUCGUCGGCACCAAGGAGCACGUCGAGGCCGAGAACUGGCUCGAGGACGUGCUCCGCCGCUACGAGGGAUCGCACGACACCGGCACGCCAGACGCGCCCGGCCGCACCCACGUCGAGGUCUUCAAGCAGAUCGGCGACGGCGCCCACCGCUUCGAUUUCAUGUCGAGCACCGUGUGGAAGCGAUACUACUCCAUGUCCAACCUCGUGGUUCGCAUCUCGGACGGAACCGAGGAGAGCAAGGCCAACAGCCUCCUCCUCAACGCUCACCUCGACAGCACGCUCCCCAGCCCCGGCGGUGCCGAUGACGGUGUCGGCGUCGCCAUCCUCCUCGAGGCACUCCGUGUGCUCACCCUGCCCAACACGGGUCGCAGGCUGUACAACUCGGUGGUGCUGCUCUUCAAUGACGGCGAGGAGUCGCUCCAGGACGCCAGCCACCUCUACAUCACCCAGCACAACCAGACCAACACCGGCGUCAAGGCCGUCGUCAACCUCGAGGCUUGCGGCACAAGCGGACCCGAGCUGCUCUUCCAGGCCACCAGCCAGGAGAUGAUCGAGGCCUACUCGCACGUGCCCCACCCCUUCGGCACGGUGUUGGCCAACGACGUCUUCUCCACCGGUCUCAUCCUCUCCGACACCGACUUCCGCCAGUUUGUCGAGUACGGCGACAAGCUCACCGGCCUCGACAUGGCACUCGUCGGCAACUCGUACUUCUACCACACGCGCAAGGACAUCCCCAAGUACCUCGAGCCCGGUGCGACGCAGCACUUUGGUGAGAACACGCUGGCGAUCAUCGAGCAUCUGUGCCUCAAGAACGGCAGCGUCGAGCUGCUGCGCAACAUCGAGCCGUACCAGUCGCGCCACACGCUGCCCAUCUACUUUUCCAUCGCGGGUCGCUACUUUGUCAUGCUGCAGAACAAGGCGUUCAAGAGCAUCGUCAUGGGACUCUCGGCGUUCAUCAACUUCCAGCUCUCGUCGACGGUGCGCACGGAGGCCAACAUCGGCGCGCUCAACCUCACCAUCCUCAGCGCCGUGGCGGCGAUCGUGUCGGUGAUCGGCGCGGCGCUCGGCGCCAACUUGGUGGCGGUCAUCAUGACGCGCGUGCUCGGCAAGGGCAUGUCGUGGUACUCGCACGAAUUCUUCCCCAUGCUCCUGUACGGGCCUCCCGCCAUCGCCGGCGUGCUCGUGGUGCAGCUACUCACCGCCAAGCUCAUCAAGCCGCACAAGCGACCGUACCUUGAGCGUGCGAGUCUGUCGGGUCUCGGCAUCUUUUUCAACAUCGGUUUGCUCGGUCUCAACGCGUUCGGCAUCGGCAGCGCGUACCUGAUGAUGCUCGCCUCGAUCACGUUUACGGUGGUGGUGACGAUCAACGACUUUGUGCUCAUCGGGGUGGGACAGAUCGAGGAGAAGCUCGUGGCGCCGGACAACCGCGUGUCGGCGUACGUGUAUCCGCUCAUGGCGCUCAUCCCGGGCAUCGUGGGCGUGGAGGGCAUGGCGAGCUUCCUGGACCUGUUUGUGCCGCUCACGGGCCGCAUGGGCGAGAUCUCGCCUGCGGACCACAUCAUCGCCUCGAUCGUCGCUGGACUCUCGUUCCUCAGCUUCCCCUUUGCCAUCCCGCUCGCCCACCGAUACACGGCCGAGAACCUCAAAAAGACCAUCGUGGCGCUGCUCGCGCUCACGGCGGCGGUGAUGGCCGUGUUUGCCAGCCCGGGCUGGAAGCCGUUCGACUCGGCGCACCCCAAGCGGCUGUUUGUGCACCAGGUCGAGAACAUCACGUCGGGCGAGUGGUUCAUGAAUGUGGGUGCGGCCGACCCGGCGCCUGGAUUCGGCGAGCUCGCUAACGAGCUGCAGUCGUACCUGGGCGUCGCGAGCGAGAGCCGCGCGGAGCUGCAGGUGAUGAACGACUACAACUCGGACUUUGACAUUCUGUACCCCGUGUCGGCGUUCCUCACGCCGUACAAGUUCCAACUGCCCUCGCCCGCAGCGGGUUUCGCCACCAAGUACGCCGCUCCGGCACCCGAGGCGAACCACUUUACCGUACGCGCCGCCAACGAGGUGAUCGACCUCGAGGCGGGCACGCGCAGCCUCACGCUCGAGAUGAGCCACCCGGGCGUCAUCUGGAGCGUCGUGGCGUUUGAUGCCGACAUCUUGAGCUGGAACCUGCCCAGCGAGCCUCCCAAGGGCCACCAGCGCCACCACCUCAAGAGCGUCGCGCGCCACGGCAUCUACGAGUGGUCGGUCGACCUCGUGCUCCGCCUCGAGGGCGAUGCGCUCGAGGCGGCCAAGAAGCGCUCUGGCGCAGCAGCGCGCUUCAAGAAGGCCGUCACGGGCGGCGAUACCGAAGGCAAGCUCAUCCGCACCGUCGCCGACGCGCCCGUCGACAAGGACGCGUCGAGGCUCUGGAUCGACGCCUCCGGUCUGGUGGCCGACGAGAUGUACCCGCAGCACAAGCACGUUGCUGCCGCCGACCGCCCGGCCAUGAACACGUUUGUCAAGAUGGACGACUACAUGCUCCAGAAGCACCCGGAGAUUGACGUCAUGAUGCUCACCGUCGUCGCGGGUGUCUUUGAAGCCUAG